UUUAACAAGAGUACCUCGUUCCAUCCCUCUGGUCAUGCUAUCAUCCUUUAUGGGUUCUUACCCUCCUCUGCUUCCGACCAGGAGACAGGUCUGUGAGUUGGAAUAAUCACUCGAACAACAUUUUUUCACGAAACUGCGACCACUGACCAAGACGGCUUACGGGCGCAGCUCAACUGGGAGAGUUGCAGAGAUUAUGACAAUGGGGGUUUCCACUCAGAGUGGUCUUAUUAGUCCCUGUUGCCCGCCUUCUAUCUGGUUGUCCUCGUCUUACCGGCGCCGCUCAACUACAGUGACUGCUUUCCUUAAAGGUUUUUCGAAUUCCAGUAAAGACUUACACAGCUCAACCUGUUUGCUCGUCCAUAAUUCAAGUGUUUUGACUGGCUGGCGGAAACUACACCAUCUGCAGCAUGCUAAUGGCCCUCAAUGCAAUAUUGCUCUUUUUAGUAGUUCUCUUCAAUUUAAACGAGGUUUAAAUUUUUCUACGAGGUCAUGUGCAAAAAAGGAUACUGUGGAUUUAUUGGAUGAACAAAAAAGUUUCCAUCCAUCACCUAAAUGGUUUUCCCAGGUGGAAAAAAGUAAAACUUCUAGCCUCAGCAACUGCAAUACUCUUGAUACUGUGUUUCCUCGCACCAAUGAACACAUCAAUCCAUGGCUCAAGGAAGCAGAAAGAGUGAAAGAAAUUAGGUUGAGAAUUUGUCAAAAUAUUGAGAACCACAAUGUGAGGCCUGAGAUCCCAAAAGACCAAAGUAGUGCAAAAGACAAGCAGGUUGAGCAUGAUGAGGUUAAUACUGGGAGUGCUGAUGAUAAACUAGAGUUUCCCGGUCUUUCCUGUAGUUCUGGAGUAAAUGAUCUUUCUGGAAGAGGGGAUUUCCGUGGCUCAUUCAACCGAGGGUCUGUCUCAGAUAACAAACAAGCUCCUUCACAAGAAGUAGUUUUGAUUGAGGAUAUAAGCAAGGAAACCUUGAGGGAACAUUUGAUUGGUGAGGACCUGAAUUCACAUCGGAAAGCUUCAAAUGAAGUAGGCCAUAACAACAAUGGGACAAAGAAUUGGGACUACCCCACUUUUGAUCACCCAAGGCAAGUUGGUUCAUCAGUAAUGCAAAACAAAGGUGAACUGAAUGGCUCAUUUUCACACCAACCCUUAGAGUAUAGUAAAGAGAGACCUUCAACUGUAGCUAGAUUCAAUGAAGCAACUAAAAGGGAUCCAUCCAAUGGAAAAUCUCUUGUUGUCAAUGGCGAAUCAGUUGAAACUUAUGUUGUACCGAUAAAUCUCAAUGAAAAAGAUGGUAUUCAUCCACUGGAGCAUCGACGGAGGCUUGAAUGCAUCUAUGAUAAAGUUCUUGUGGUUGACCAUAUUUCGGUUGCAAGGGAUAUUGUGAGAAAGCUUACAACACAGUACAAGGGUCUUGUCUAUGCAUGUGAUACAGAGGUAGCUAAGAUUGACGUAAAGCAGGAAACUCCUGUUGAUCAUGGUGAAGUCAUUUGUUUCAGUAUUUAUUCUGGACCAACUUUUGACUUAGGAAAUGGAAAGUCUUGUAUCUGGGUAGAUGUUCUUGAUGGUGGUGGUAGGGAUAUUUUGAGAGAAUUUGCUCCAUUCUUCGAGGACCCUUCCAUUAAAAAGGUUUGGCACAACUAUAGUUUUGAUAGUCAUGUUAUAGAGAACUACGGGCUUAAGCUUUCAGGCUUCUAUGCUGAUACAAUGCAUAUGGCACGGCUUUGGGAUUCUUCAAGACGAAUGUUAGGUGGCUAUUCUCUUGAAGCGCUCACAAGGGACCCAAAGAUAAUGUCUAAUGCUCAAAAAUGCAGUGAGGGAGAACUGAUUGGUAAGAUAUCAAUGAAGACAAUCUUUGGUAAGAAAAAGAUAAAGAAAGAUGGAUCUGAAGGCAAGCUUAUCGCUAUUCUUCCAGUUGAGGAGCUUCAAAGGAAAGAAAGGGUACACUGGAUUUGCUACUCUGCUUUAGAUUCAAUAAGCACACUAAAGCUUUUUGAGAGCUUGCAAAGAAAGCUAAUUACUGAAGACUGGAUUCUUGAUGGGGUUUACAGAGGAUCAAGGUAUGAUUUUUAUGAGGAGUAUUGGCGUCCAUUUGGUGAGCUUUUGGUCCAAAUGGAGACUGAAGGAAUGCUGGUUGAUCGGGCAUACCUUGCAGAGAUAGAGAAGUUGGCCACUGUAGAAAAAGAAGUUGCUGGAGAUAGAUUUCGAAAGUGGGCUUCUAGGUAUUGUCCUGAUACUAUCUACAUGAAUGUUGGAAGUGAUGCACAGCUAAGGCAGCUCUUUUUCGGUGGCAUAACUAACAGUAAGGACCCUAAUGAAAGCCUUCCAAUGUCGAGGACUUUUAAAGUGCCUAAUGUUGAUAAUGUGAUUGAAGAGGGGAAGAAAGUGGCAAAAAAAUAUCGUAAUAUUACACUGUGUAACCUUGGUGUUGAAAUGCAAACGGAGAUGUAUACAGCUACUGGUUGGCCCUCAGUUAGUGGAGAUGCCCUGAAGGUCCUCGCUGGAAAGGUCUCUGCUGAAUAUGAUUUGAUUAAUGAUGCAUAUGAACCUCAGUCAGAUGGAAAUGAUGACUUUCCUCCAGAACAGAUGGUCAAUGAAGUUGAGGAAAAGCAAGCUACUUGUGUUAGUGAAGAGAACAUAGAUAUCUCUUUUUAUGGAACAGCUUAUGCUGCAUUUGGAGAGGGCAAGGAGGGAAGGGAGGCUUGCCAGGCCAUUGCUGCUCUAUGUCAAGUCUGCUCUAUUGACUCCUUGAUAUCCAACUUCAUACUCCCUUUGCAGGGCACUCACAUAUCAGGCAAGGAUGACCGUGUCCAUUGUUCCUUAAAUAUAAACACUGAGACUGGUCGUCUAUCAGCCAGGAGACCAAAUUUGCAGAAUCAGCCUGCUUUGGAGAAGGACCGGUACAAAAUUCGCCAGGCAUUCAUAGCUGCACCUGGAAACUCUCUUAUUGUCGCUGAUUAUGGACAGCUGGAACUUAGGAUUCUGGCACAUCUUGCAAACUGUAAGAGCAUGUUGGAAGCCUUCAAGGCCGGUGGUGAUUUUCAUUCAAGGACAGCAAUGAAUAUGUACCCACAUAUUCGUGAAGCAGUAGAACAAAAAAGAGUUUUGCUUGAAUGGCAACCUCAGCCUGGUGAAGAGAAACCCCCAGCUCCCCUAUUGAAGGAUGCCUAUGCUUCUGAAAGAAGGAAAGCCAAAAUGCUCAACUUUUCCAUUGCAUAUGGGAAAACACCUGUGGGGCUUGCCCGAGAUUGGAAGGUUUCAGUUAAGGAAGCAAAGGCAACAGUAGCUCUCUGGUACAAGGAGAGGCAAGAAGUUUUGAAAUGGCAAGAAGAGCGGAAAAAGGAAGCACAGAUCACGCAGCAAGUACACACAUUGCUAGGACGUGCUCGCCAUUUUCCUUCUAUGGCCCAUGCUAGUAAAUUUCAACGAGGUCACAUUGAGAGAGCAGCUAUUAAUACCCCUGUGCAGGGUAGUGCUGCCGAUGUUGCUAUGUGUGCCAUGCUAGAAAUAUCAAGGAAUACACAAUUGAAAGAGCUUGGGUGGAAGCUGCUUUUGCAGGUCCACGAUGAAGUGAUACUGGAGGGACCAACGGAAUCAGCAGAGGUUGCCAAAGCCAUAGUUGUUGAUUGCAUGUCCAAGCCCUUCUACGGCAAAAAUUUUCUCAAAGUUGACUUAUCUGUUGAUGCCAAGUGUGCACAGAAUUGGUAUGCAGCCAAGUAAACAAAGUGGCCUGUUGUCAUGGAUUUGGUUCAAAACCCAUGGUUCUUAGUCACUCGGGACUCAAUGGACUGAAUUGGCACCAUCACAGGCCAAGAUCAUCAAUGUUAAUGCUAAUGUUUUUGUCCAACAUGGCUAAAUUGUGCCGGAAUCUUGGUAGUUCAAGCUCGCUUUGAUUUCACAUUUUGAUCAUGAUGCAAACACAAUUUAGGCAGGGCUGAGGAAGUUUGGUUGCUGCUCUAUUGGCUUCUUCCUUUUUGGGGUGAUUGAA